GACAAGUCAAGCCAAGCCAAAACAAAAAAUCCGAAGAGCCCCAUUUCGGAUUGCAGAACAAUACAGUCACAGAAACAUUUUCCAAAGAAAAAGCAAAAAAAAUGAAUGCAAAAACGAAUUCUUCGGCGCCGGAAACAUCGCCGCCGGUGAUCCACCCGGCAGUGGCACCACUCUCCUACCUUCUGGGAACAUGGAGAGGCCAAGGAGAAGGAGGGUUCCCCACUAUCAACUCCUUCUCCUAUGGCGAAGAGCUUCACUUCUCUCAUUCCCCCAACAAGCCUGUGAUAGGGUACACUCAGAAGACAUGGAAACUCAGCUCUGGAGAGCCUAUGCAUGCUGAGAGUGGAUACUGGCGUCCUAAACCAGAUGGCACCAUUGAAGUUGUGAUUGCUCAAAGCAAUGGUCUUGUGGAGGUUCAGAAAGGGACAUACAGUGCUGAAGAGAAAAUGAUACACCUUCAAAGUGAAAUAGUGGGGAAUGCCUCUAAGGUUAAAGAGAUAAGAAGAUGUUUCCAGCUGGUUGAUGGGAAUCUUUGUUAUGACGUUCAGAUGGCUACCAAUACAAUAACUCUUCAACCACACUUGAAAGCAUCACUGAAGAAGCUCUAAAGCAAACAUCUUCCUCGAUUGCUUGCAGAAGGAUGUCAAUGAGUAUAUGGAGCCAUCCAAUGUGACUCUUUUUAAAGAGCAAUUUAGGUCACCUUGAUAAUUUUCUGCCAAUUGGCAAAAUGAUCUCCUUUACAAAUUACAACCUAUAUGCAAGGUUCUGUCUGACAUGUUCACAAGUCUUGUAUACAAGGUCUUCAAGACCUAAUGUUUGAAGAACCCGACAUGAAUUAAUUUAAUCAAUUUAUUGGAAGCAGCCAAGCAGAAAAUAUUCUGUUUGUACAUCAUAAUUCAUAUAUAAUAAUACAUGCUUUAUAUUAACUUCGUUGUUU